AUGGCUUCUUAUGUGCCAUUUCUGGGUCGUUUGACCCUUACAGACUACGUUAUUAUCGUCUUGGUGUACGUGGAGAAGCUUCUUUCUUUGAUUCCUUACCUUAUCCCACGAAUGUGGAGUGAAUCUGCCGUGUUCGUGCUGAACCUUGUGUUUAAACGUCCUGCGACCCCGUACGAGAACGCAGCUCGUUUGCUCCGCGAUGCUAAAGACAUCCAUGAAAUGGGUCAAGUUUUCGGCGUCGAUAUCGAAGAUCACAUCGUGCGCACGGAAGACGACUAUCUCCUGACCGUGCACCGCAUCGCACCUUUGCCAGAAACCAGUAAUGGACAAGUGGUGUAUUUGCACCAUGGUUUGCUUAUGUGCUCUGAUAUUUGGCUGUGUAACACUGAGCGUGAGCGAAACUUGCCCCUAGUGUUGCAUGAUCUUGGAUUCGACGUCUGGAUGGGUAACAAUCGCGGUAACAAGUACUCGACACAACAUUUGCAUCGUCGACCUGCGUCGCACGAAUUUUGGGAUUUUUCCAUCGACGAAUUUGCCUUUUUCGACAUCCCUAACUCAAUCGAGUUUAUUCUUCAGCAUGCGGGCGUCGAACGGCUCAUUUGUAUUGGAUUCUCACAAGGUUCUGCGCAAACGUUUGCGUCGUUGAGCGUACGCGAGGACCUUAACGACAAGAUCAGUUUAUUCGUGGCCAUUUCGCCUGCCAUGACACCUCGCGGACUGCAUAACCGAAUAUUCGAUUCUUUGCUCAAAUCCAGUCCCGCACUCAUGUACUUGUUUUUCGGGAAUCGCAUCUUACUGCCCUCAGCAAGCCUUUGGCAAAAAACCCUGCAUCCAACCAUUUUUAAUACAAUCAUCGACCUUUCCAACCGCAUCCUGUUCAAUUGGCGCUCUCUCAACAUAUCUCCGCAGCAGAAGCUGGCUUCGUAUGCGAAAUUGUAUUCCACCACCAGUGUCAAAUGCGUAGUUCAUUGGUUUCAGAUCCUGCAUGCUCAAAGCUUCCAGAUGUUUGAAGAAAACGAUAUCAUGCUCAAUUCUUGGAAUACCACCAGAAGCUACAUGAUUACCACAUUCCCGACCAGAACUAGUAUUCGAAUCCCAGUUCUUUUGCUCUACGGGGGAUCGGAUUCUUUGGUCGAUAUAAAUGUCAUGAAGGCCAAUUUACCUGCUACACAGGUUUUCGAUGUUGAAAUCCCUGGACACGAGCAUCUAGACCUCAUAUGGGGUUACGACGUAUCCGAGGUCGUUAUCCCAAAUUUGCUAAGAUUCAUACGCUUCUUCCACGAGGUCCAAUGUCUCGAAGACGACACCACUUUGGGUGGUUCUUUCCCAGAUCCUUUGGCACUCCAAGCAAGCCUGGCAAAGCCCUAA